AUGGAAUAUUCAGAAUACGCAACUGCUCCGGUCCAAAUCCUCAGAGUCAACAACAGUACUUUCGCGUACAGACUUUUCGGCACCAACAAACAACAAGACGAUGUCCCUCUCCUUUUGCCAACGCACUUCCGCAGUCGUCUGGACUUCUGGGACCCUGCCUUGAUCAACGCCCUCGCCGCUCACCGGAGACUGCUUUUGCUAGACAACCAUGGCAGUGCGGAUCCCCAGUCCCUCAAAGGGAGCAAAAGAACAGUAAGAACCGAUCCGCGACGCACGCAGACGCCGUCACCUUCAACGGCCCUGUCCUUUCAGUUCUGGGCCAGGGAAAUCGUUGCCUUGAUCAAGGGCCUAGCUUUCAAGCAGGUCGAUGUAUUGGGAUUCAGCAUGGGCGGCUUCAUUGGGCAGAUGUUAGCUCUUGAAGCGCCCACAGGCUUGAUCAGAAAACUCAUUCUGGCGGGCACCGCACCGAGUCAGGGACCAGGUGUAGAAAGUGGUGACAUGCAGUACUUCCAGAAUUUGACAAAUGCUAUCACAGAUGGCGACAUCAAGUCCGGAUUCCUAGCCGGCUUCUUUGGACUCAGUGAAGAGAGACAGAAAACGGGGGAGAAAUGGUGGAACCGUAUCACAAGCUGCUCUUCCAUGUGGCCGUUCGUCUCGACCAACGAUAUCGAUGGACAAAUCACAGCCAUGAUGAGGUGGUAUGGUCUCAACCACCGCGAUGAAGGCUCUUAUGAUCGACUGGGCGAGAUCACUUGUCCUGUCCUGAUCUUGUGCGGCCAGAGGGACAAACUGGUGCCGGAGCAGAAUAGCAUUCUGUUGUGGCAGAAGAUCAGCCAAACCAACCCCAACGUACAUAUACACAUGUACCCAGAAUCGGGCCAUGGGUUCAUGUUUGAAUAUCAUCAUCAUUGUGCGAGACUUGUCAAUGAAUUUUUGGAUGAAGAGGUAAAAGUGCAGUGUACAUGCGACUACUGCCGAUUUUGA